AUGCUUGUUCAUUAUUUCCUCCACUUUUUCAUUCUUGGAAUAUUACUUACGAAGACUGUGUCUGCAUUUUCACUAAAGUCGCAGCCCGAGUACAUAUUUGCAAAAGUUUUCUUUAUCACCGGUAAAAAUGAAAUACAGAAUUCGAAUGUAUCCGAACAGAAGACAUUCUCCGGUAGCGACGUUGUGAAGAACAUCGCCAAAUCAGCUCCUGUGUCAAGAUCAGGAAAUACGGGCGUACUAAUAGAGGUCUCAGAUCUCUGUAACUCGUCUGUAAAGAUAGAGGAUGCAAACCAAGUUGAUUUGAUAGCCAUCUUUGAAACCAACUCGACCUGUUCUCUGACCACUCAACUCACCAACCUCAGAAAUGCCCAAAACGCCGUAACCGGGGCAAUAGUUUACAGCUCUACAGGUUACAUACCCGGCGAUCAAGAUAUUCUAUCUGACACAGUAGAUAUAUCUGCAUAUUAUGUCACUAAAGAUAUAGCACAAGAGAUGCUUGACAUGAGGAAUACGUUUGCAGACAAAUCUUCGUUGAUAGGGACGCAAUUAGUGGUUGCAUUAUAUCCUAGCUCUGGAAGUAUUUCCAUGAUUUUGGAAGUUACUUUUAUUGGGAUAUUAGUUACCGUUUUCUUUGCCUUUGGACUUUCAUUUUGCAUAAACUUCGUUCUGGAUCGUUUCCGCGUGAGCAACCCAGCAACAACUCCACAAACUGCUCUCGGAAAUGCUACCAAAAGCGAAAAACUUGACAAGUCCAUACUCGACACGUUUCCCACUCGUAAAUUUGUUGCUGCUGAUGACGUAUCAUCUGCGGAAAACAAAGCUAAUACUAAAUCUCGAGGCAAUGGAGGGAAUGUACAUAGUAUCUAUUUAUCGGAUUCAAGUAGAACAACCAAAUCUAAGAGUGAAACGGACAUGUCAGAUAGUAUAGCUGAUCUCUUCGAUUCUAGUGAAGAGUCUAGUGAAGAUUCUGGUGACAAUUCUAAUGAAAAUUCUAGCGAAGAUUCUAUAUCUGAUAGUCCAACGCGUGAUGUGAAAGAAACUAAUAAUUCACGACAGUCUUUACCGCCAAGUACGGAGCAACCUGGUUCCAUUUCAGACACACUUCCCGUCAGCGAAAAAACAAUCCAGACCGCGUCUACUGCAAAAGAGACAACAGACGUCGUUGUUCCCAUUGACGAUGAAAAGUCGCAAAUGGAACUAACAAAAGAAGAGGGUGAUUCGUCAUAUGUGCCCCAUGUGAAUGUUCAUAUGAUAUCGAAUACCACGUGUGCUAUCUGUCUGGAAGAUUUUGCAAAUGACGAUGAGUUGAGAUGUCUGCCUUGUGAGCACGAGUACCAUACAGAUUGUAUUGACCCAUGGUUGACUGAAAAAUCAUCAAAGUGCCCACUUUGCAAGUUUGACUGUAGACCUCCGAAGGUCUUGGAAGAGUCAGAUAACACAACUGACAGUAGCCAGUCAUCAUCAUCAUCAUCCUCAUCAUCAUCCUCUGCUGUCCCAACACCUUCUCCCGCAUUACUACCUCCUCCUUCUUCUCCUUCCCUUUCUACUCGAUCACAGCAACGAAAUAGUCAAUUGCUCUCAAGGUGGGAGCGAGUUUACAUGUUUGUUUCUCAUCGUCGGUUGCAUCUUUAA